AUGAAGAUCCAAGCUGCUAUCGCCGGUCUGCUCUCCUUCGCUGGUCUUACCAGCACCUCAGCGGAGCCGUCAUGGCACAACCUCGCCAUCACCGCGCCGCAAUACGGGCGGUAUCUUACCCGAACAGUCUCCGAAGAACCUUUCUUCUGGCAAGCCGACACCGCGUGGGAGCUCGUACAUCGUCUCAAUAAGACGUCCAUCGAAUUUUACCUCAAAACCCGAGCCGAACAAGGCUACAACGUCGUCCAGACUGUCGUGGUCUCUGAACUAAACGGUACGACGCGUUCGAAUUUCUACGGCGACCUACCGUUCAACAACUCGGACCCAACUCAGCCGAACGACGCGUACUUUGAGCUGGUGGACUGGACCGUCGAUCUGGCUGCUAGUUAUGGUAUUCUGAUCGCCUUAGUGCCUACUUGGGGCAUGUACGUGAACGGAGGCUGGCAUAGUACUUCCCCUAUUUUCAAUGAAUCGAAUGCGUACGAGUGGGGCAAGUACAUUGGCCAGCGUUACCCUGGUCUACCAAAGAUCCUUGGCGGUGACUCGAACGCCAUGUGGUCCUGGAACAUGUCGGAGGUCCAGGCCGCAUACGCUGAAGACCCGGAUCAGGACUUGCCGUCCCUCCUUGCUCCGAUUGAAGACACGUCGUCGGUAUGGGCGAGUAUGCGUCGUGGUCUGAAGGAAGCAGAGAGCACUCAAGGCUACGAGUCUGUAGUUAUCUACCACCCGACUGCCGGAUGGAUUGUUAAGCCCGAGGUUACUCCGGAGGCCUAUGGACACAACAUGUUGCCGGAUGAAGAGGACAGAAUGUCCAUUGAUGCAGUGCAAUCGGGUCAUGCUACCCCCGAUCCGACCUCUAAAUUCACACCAACUAUUGGCUGGGAUUCAACCAAGAACUACGAGGUGAUUGCCAACAUGAGGGACCGCUUCACUGGCCCUGUAAUCGAUCUGGAGAACCACUAUGAAGGUGCGCACGACAGCUUCAAUUUGGAACGUCAGAUCUGGAACUCUUCCCAGAUUCGAACGGGUCUGUACCAUGGCGUGUACAACGGUGCCUCUGGCUUCACGUACGGUGCCAACAGCGUGUGGCAGAUGUACGAGCCUCGCUCGGCUUUACUGCGUGACAGUGACUACUACGCCCCGCAAAUUAACCAGAAUGCGUCUGGUUCCUGGCGCGAAGAUGUUUACUUUGAGGGGGCCACACAGACCCAGUACGUCACAAAACCCCUGCAGAACUUGACUGUUGCUGUUCUCGAAACGCUGGAACCUGCUCGUGAAGUGUUGGCCAGUCCUAGUGGCCACACGGGCAAGUCGGUGAACACGUACGAAGGCACGCGCUACAUCUCCGUUCUUGCUUCAAAGAACCGUGACCGCUAUUAUGUGUACACGGGCCACGGAGACUCGUUCGCGUUGCAGCUUGACAACGGAUCUGGUGCUCGCUCGGGAAGUGCUCGUUGGUUCUCCCCUCGUGACGGACAGUACUACGCGAACGCUACGGUCAGUGUUCCGGAGAGCGGCAAUGCUACUCGCAUCGACUUCACGCCUCCUUCAGGCGGCAGCAUUGACGAUGACUGGUUGCUGGUACUGGAGUUCUAAGACAGGACGCCCGACACACC